UCCAGUUCUUUAUUGGACAUACAAUUAAAAACCCAUCCUCGGAACUUCUUCCUCCCCUAGAUACACAUAUAUGAUAUAUUGAACCCUUAAGUAGCUUAAAACGUACCUUUUGGUAAGCACUAGCCAGGUACAUCAAAUUAUCAUUAUUAUUAUUAUUAUAAAUACUCCCAUUAUCUUAAGAUUCCUAAUUAAUCCUGAUUCUUUGAUUCAUUCUUUCCUUAAUCAAAUAUUAAAAGACGAAAGUCGAGAUAUUAAUUGAUUAUAGUACGAUCAUCAUCAUCAUCUCCGAUGAAGCGACCAAGGGUGGAGUUUGCGGUGGUUAUAAGUUUGUUAUUAUUGUCGGCUGUGGUGGUUGCAAGGGGAAUAUCAGUACAACAAAAACUAAACAAGAACAAGAAUAAGAAUAAGAAUAAGAAUAAGAAUGCAUAUGCUACAAUGAUGUACAUGGGAACACCAAGAGAUUAUGAAUUUUAUGUUGCUACAAGAGUCAUGAUGAGAUCUCUUUAUAAACUACAUGUUCAAGCUGAUCUUGUUGUCAUUGCCUCCAUUGAUGUUCCUCUUCAUUGGGUUCACUCCAUGGAAGUAGAAGAUGGACUAAAGGUAGUGAGAGUAAAAAAUGUACAUAACCCAUAUAUAGCAGACAAUGAUCAUGACAGAUUCAAGUUAACCCUAAACAAGUUAUAUGCUUGGAAUCUUUUGGAGUAUGAAAGGGUGAUCAUGCUUGAUGUUGACAAUCUUUUCUUGCAAAACACUGAUGAAUUGUUUCAAUGUGGCCAGUUUUGUGCUGCUUUUAUCAAUCCCUGUAUCUUUCAUACAGGCUUGUUUGUGCUGCAGCCAUCUGCACAAGUGUUUAAAGAUAUGCUUUAUCAACUUCAAAUGAAAAGGCCAAAUGAAGAUGGGGCAGAUCAGGGUUUUAUUGGAGGCUACUUCUCUAAUUUGCUUGAUAUGCCUAUGUUUUACCCACCAGCUAAUGGUAGUAAACUUAAUGGCUAUUAUAGGCUUCCUUUAGGGUAUCAAAUGGAUGCUUCUUACUACUACCUAAAACUUCGUUGGAAUGUACCUUGUGGACCAAACAGUGUAAUAACCUUUCCUGGAGCAGUAUGGAUGAAACCAUGGUAUUGGUGGUCAUGGCCUGUUCUUCCUUUAGGUUUUUCAUGGCAUGAACAACGUCGCAAAACUCUUGGGUAUGGUGCAGAAAUGCCUAUGGUUCUACUUGAAGUGCUUCUCUACUUGGGAAUCAUAACCCUUACCCGUUUAGCCAGACCAAGCUUCUCCAAGCUAUGUUAUCGUCGUUUCGAACCCAAAAAUGUUCUACUUUACCACACUAGUCUCAAAUUUCUGGCUAUAACAUCCAUCAUAGCAGCUUAUAUUUUUCCUUUCAUCAUAAUCCCUCACACAAUUCACCCUGUUAUAGGGUGGAGCCUUUACCUAUUAGGCUCAUUCUCGUUUUGUUCCAUCGCGAUCAAUGCCUUCCUCUUACCGACACUAGCUGUGUUGACUCCAUGUAUCGGCACAUUUGGCGUGCUGUUAGUCAUGGCUUUUCCUUGGUACAAAGAUGGUGUUGCAAGGGCACUUGCUGUAUUUGCUUAUGCUUUCUGUGCUUCCCCUAUUUUAUGGGUAACUUACUCUAAAGUUGUGGCAACUCUACAAGUUUCUAUAGAAAGGGAAGCUUUUUUACCUAGCAGAUUGAGUGAUUCACCACCGGUUUCUGGGUUUAACAAGCUCUACUGAUUGAAUUCAGGGUCGGAUUUCGGGUAUGUUAUUGGGCAUGUUUGGAUUGGUAAAUGCAGGGAAUCAGUUGGUAUACGAAUAAUCCGUGGCCAGUGUAUAUGUUUCUUGUACAAAUUACAUUCAUAUCAAUUGAUUGCGUAUUAUUGAUAUUGGAGCACAUUAACUUGUAAUUUCUUGUCGCGUUGGCUUCUGAUAUUAUGUCAGGGAAUCGACUCAAUUAAAAAUUUAAGUUGAUA